GGUCAUUAAGAGACACAUGUGAGCCCUCCCAUGUACUUUACCCUCCAUGGAUGAGUCACGUGCGGCCAGGCUCAGACAUACGCGAGUUCCAGACUUUCGAUGCACCACCAGUCAGCAGCCAGGACCAGUCACCGCCGCAACUGGUCCGUGCUCAUCCUCCUCCCACGCACUAAGCCAUCCACCGCAUAGUGUUCACAGUUCGACGAUAUAAUCAUGUCGUCGCUGUGGCUACUCAUCGGCGCUGUGUGUGCGGCGGCGGCGGGGGCGGCGGCGGAGUGCCCCAUCGAUUACGUGGAGCACCCAGUCAUCCUGGUCUCCAUGGACGGCUUUCGCGCUGACUUCAUCAACCGCGGCCUGACUCCAACCCUCCAAGCGCUGGCCGACCAAGGGGUGCACGCCGCCUUCAUGCACCCGGCCUACCCCAGCCAGACCUUCCCCAACCACUACACCAUCGUCACGGGCAUGUAUCCUGAGGCCCACGGGAUCAUCUCCAACAAGUUCUAUGACCCUGAGUUCGGCGCCACUUUCAGCAUUGGCAGCGAUGAGUCUCUACUAGGGCGUUGGUGGGGCGGUGAACCCAUCUGGAACACCCUUACGAGGCAGGGCAAGAUCAGCGCCACCUUCUUCUGGCCGGGGUCUGACGCGGACAUAGGAGGGGAGCACCCGAGCUACUGGUACGCCUACAACGACAACAUCACCUACGAGGCCCGCGUGGACCAGGUCCUGGAGUGGGUGUCCCUUCCCGUGGAGCAGCGACCGGCCUGGAUCUCCCUCUAUUUCGACGAGCCCGACCACACGGAGCACACCUUCGGCCCGGACAGCCCCCUGGUGGACGCAAAGCUCGAAUACGUUGAUCAAAUGCUGCAGCGCCUCGUGGAUGGCCUGACAGAGCGCGGGAUAUUUGAGUGCGUGAACCUUAUCGUCUUGGCCGACCACGGGAUGGCCUCCUCUGUGGGCCUACCAAAUCACGUUAUAAAGCUGGUGGACUACAUUCCCAAUAUAUAUGACCUCGCCUACACCUACACUGGGGCCUUCCCGAGGAUUGACCCCAAGAAUGAGAGCGAUGCGGCAGAGCAAGACAUUAUGAGUAAGCUGGCAUGCAAGCGUGACGAGAUGCGAGUGUACCGCCGGGAGGACCUGCCCACCCGCCUGCACUUCUCCAACAACCGCCGCAUUGAGGACAUCAUUAUGGACCUGGAGCCCGGCUAUCUGGUGUCCGUGUCCUAUGACCUCUCCAACCUCGGGAAUCAUGGCUACGACUACUACCAGACAACCAUGAAUGCUCUGUUCAUCGCCACAGGGCCAGAGUUCCUCCAGAGCACCGUGGUGGCGCCGUUCCACAACAUCGAGCUCUACAACCUCAUGUGCCACCUGACGGGUGUGGAGCCAGCGCCCAACAACGGCACGCUGGGCUCCCUCUACCACAUCCUGGCACAGCCCCCGGCGUACCCAGAGCUUCCAGAGGAGGAGAGACCACCUACCUCAGAGUUCCCUUCAGGAGACUUGAGCCCCCUGCUGGACAUGGCCAGCUGUAAGGGUGACCUGCAAGCCCCAGAGGAUUGGCUGUAUUUCCUCAACUUCACAGCGGAGGAGCAGCAGAGUCUGGAGGUCGCCCACGUGCCCUGGGGCGUCCCUUACUCCAGCAGCCUGCCCGCCAACCUCACCCUCCUCUACCACCCAGACCAUGUCACUGCCUACUCGGAAGCCCUCAAGAUGCCCCUGUGGACCAGUUUCACCGUGGAGGAGCCUCUGCCAGGGACACCUGUAGAGCAGUGGACCAGCGACGUGCGGCUCUCCCAAGACACCACCCAGACCUGCGGCUCCUAUGACACGUCGCUGCCCUUCAACGCCUCCAUGUAUCCUCUCUUCCCCCCAGGCAUUCCUGUUGUGUCUUCCAUCCCAGUUUACUCUCGGAACAGCUCCUUCGCCCGCAUCCCGUACCUAGUGAGCAAUGCCGUGCCCGUCUCGCCCUCCCUGGAAGAGCGAUGGGUCCAGCUUGUGAGCCACCUGGUGUCGGGGUGGGUGCAGGUCUUGGGGCCCCUCAACCUCAUCCUGGGCCCGGUGUUUGAUAAUAAUGCCGACUCGUACCCAGAUGACUUUGCUACCUUCAGUUUUCCAGAAGUGCCGUCUGACCUGUUUGCUGUGGUGACACGAUGCCUGGAAUCGGUGUCAUCCUUAGCUGAGUGUCCCCACGCGAUGCUGGAUGCUGACGCUUUCAUCUUCCCACAGGACCAAUUGAUGAGCAACUGCUUGGAGAGAGCACAGUACGCCAAGGAGUUCAGCGCAAAGGUCAACGACGUCGAGGUGGUCACUGGGUUCACCUUCUACCCGGACCUCAGCACCUUCAACCGCACCACUCUUGUCCUCCGCUCUCAUCCCGAACUGUGGCAAAGUCCCUUCCCCGUGCCCAGCCUUCUUCGGGGCCGAGGCGCUGCUUAGUGGCCUGCGUGGUGCUGGUGUGAAUGUCUAGCACUUGAUAUUUUAAACCUAUUAGUAUUUAUUAACAGAUAUGUGUCUAGUUCGGCUUUUUUAUUCCAGUUUUUGGUAUCGGAUUCAGUCAAAAGGGUUGGAUUUUCACAGUUGUCAAGAUAUUGCAAACUCAUUCAUAAAAAAGUGAUAUACAAGGAACAACAAAACCAUCUAUCUACACCUUGAAAAAUGGGUUAAAAUAGGAAAAGUCAUAUACAUUAUUGUUAAUAAAGACUGAUAUGAUGUUUGAAAAACUAGGCGCAACUCGUGGCAUUGUUUGAUAAAUAGCAGGUUCGUGUUCUUAAUGCUCAGCCAAUAUGACGGGUAUUUGAGA